GCACUUGCAGCCAUUUUCUGCUCUUUGUGUGGGGUGGAUUAGCGGAUAGAGACCGAACCUACAGCAUCAUUUCUACUACACCGAGCAAACGUUAUUUCAUACGGGUUGUUUCGCUCUGCUUUGACCGUCCCUUAUUGUAGGAGCGGACAUGCAAGUAGCAGAUUGGGCGGCUUUGUGAGUGAACCUGUGUCGCCAUGACAACCCACGUGACCUUGGAGGAUGCGCUGUCCAAUGUGGACCUGCUGGAGGAGCUACCCCUCCCCGACCAGCAGCCAUGCAUCGAACCUCCACCUUCUUCCAUCAUGUACCAGGCAAACUUUGACACCAACUUUGAGGACAGAAAUGCGUUUGUCACUGGUAUUGCCCGCUACAUUGAACAGGCCACUGUGCACUCCAGCAUGAAUGAGAUGCUGGAGGAGGGACAUGAAUAUGCUGUCAUGCUUUACACCUGGAGGAGCUGCUCCAGAGCUAUUCCUCAGGUGAAGUGCAAUGAGCAGCCAAACCGAGUUGAGAUUUAUGAGAAGACUGUGGAGGUGCUGGAGCCUGAAGUCACCAAGCUCAUGAAGUUCAUGUACUUCCAGCGCAAGGCCAUCGAGCGUUUCUGCAGCGAGGUAAAGAGACUGUGUCACGCCGAACGCAGGAAGGACUUUGUGUCCGAGGCCUACCUGCUCACUUUAGGAAAGUUCAUCAACAUGUUUGCUGUGCUGGACGAACUAAAAAACAUGAAGUGCAGUGUAAAAAAUGACCACUCUGCUUACAAAAGAGCGGCCCAAUUCUUAAGAAAGAUGGCCGACCCACAGUCCAUCCAGGAGUCCCAAAACCUUUCUAUGUUUUUAGCCAACCACAACAGAAUUACGCAGUGUCUGCACCAGCAGCUGGAGGUGAUCCCGGGAUAUGAGGAGCUGCUGGCUGACAUUGUCAACAUCUGUGUGGAUUACUAUGAGAACAAAAUGUAUCUAACCCCCAGCGAGAAACACAUGCUGCUAAAGGUUAUGGGUUUUGGCCUGUACUUGAUGGAUGGAAAUGUCAGCAACAUCUACAAGCUGGAUGCAAAGAAAAGGAUAAACCUCAGCAAAAUCGACAAAUUCUUUAAGCUUCAGGUUGUGCCCCUGUUUGGAGACAUGCAGAUCGAACUGUCACGAUACAUAGAAACAAGUGCACACUAUGAGGAGAACAAGUCCAAGUGGACCUGCACUCAAAGCAGCAUCAGUCCGCAGUACAACCUGUGUGAGCAGAUGGUGCAGAUCAGAGAAGACCACAUUCGCUUCAUAUCUGAGCUGGCACGCUAUAGCAACAGUGAGGUGGUGACCGGCUCCGGGCUGGACAGUCAGAAGUCUGAUGAGGAAUAUAGGGAACUCUUUGACCUGGCACUCAGGGGUCUACAACUUCUGUCCAAGUGGAGCACACACGUCAUGGAAGUGUACUCUUGGAAACUGGUUCACCCCACUGAUAAGUUCUGUAAUAAAGACUGUCCGGGCACAGCCGAAGAGUAUGAACGUGCUACGCGCUACAAUUACACCAGUGAGGAGAAGUUUGCCUUGGUGGAGGUCAUUGCUAUGAUCAAGGGUCUUCAGGUUCUGAUGGGACGGAUGGAGAGCGUGUUCAACCAAGCCAUCAGGCACACCAUCUACUCCGCCCUGCAGGAUUUUGCACAAAUGACCCUGAGAGAACCGCUUAGACAGGCGGUACGCAAGAAAAAGAACGUCCUCAUUAGUGUUCUACAGGCCAUCCGUAAAACCAUCUGUGAUUGGGAAGGGGCAAGAGAACCGCCCAAUGAUCCCUGUCUCAGGGGAGAGAAGGACCCCAAAGGAGGCUUCGAUAUCAAAGUACCCCGCCGUGCCGUUGGUCCAUCAAGCACACAGCUGUACAUGGUUCGCACCAUGCUGGAGUCUCUUAUUGCCGACAAAAGUGGCUCUAAGAAAACUCUUCGCAGCAGUUUAGAUGGCCCCAUCGUUCAGGCCAUUGAAGACUUCCACAAGCAGUCGUUCUUCUUCACACAUCUCCUAAACUUCAGUGAGGCCUUGCAGCAGUGCUGUGAUUUGUCCCAACUUUGGUUCCGUGAGUUCUUCUUAGAACUUACCAUGGGCCGUCGCAUUCAGUUCCCCAUUGAGAUGUCCAUGCCCUGGAUCCUCACCGACCACAUUCUGGAGACCAAAGAACCCUCCAUGAUGGAAUAUGUGUUGUAUCCAUUGGAUCUUUAUAAUGACAGUGGGUAUUACGCCCUCACCAAGUUUAAGAAGCAGUUCCUCUAUGAUGAGAUCGAGGCUGAGGUCAACCUGUGUUUCGAUCAGUUUGUCUACAAAUUAGCCGAUCAGAUAUUUGCCUACUACAAAGCAAUGGCUGGAAGUGUCCUCUUGGACAAACGCUUCCGGGCCGAGUGUAAGAACUACGGCGUGAUCAUCCCGUACCCGCCGUCGAACCGCUAUGAGACACUGCUCAAACAGAGACAUGUGCAGCUCCUGGGUCGCUCCAUUGACCUGAACAGAUUGAUAACCCAGAGGAUCUCAGCAGCCAUGUACAAAUCUCUGGAUCAGGCUAUCAGCCGUUUCGAGAGCGAAGACCUCACCUCCAUAGUGGAGCUCGAGUGGCUGCUGGAAAUCAACCGGUUGACUCAUCGUCUACUAUGUAAGCACAUGACACUGGACAGUUUUGACGCCAUGUUCCGUGAAGCAAACCACAAUGUGUCCGCUCCAUAUGGACGCAUUACUCUGCACGUCUUCUGGGAACUGAACUUUGACUUCUUGCCAAACUACUGUUACAACGGCUCCACCAACAGGUUUGUGCGGACAGCCAUUCCAUUUACCCAGGAGCCUCAGAGGGACAAACCGGCCAAUGUCCAGCCUUACUACUUGUAUGGCUCAAAGCCUCUGAACAUUGCUUACUCCCACAUCUACAGUUCCUACAGGAACUUUGUGGGCCCUCCACACUUCAAAACAAUCUGUCGUCUUCUGGGUUACCAGGGCAUCGCUGUAGUGAUGGAGGAACUUCUCAAGAUUGUCAAGAGCUUGUUGCAGGGUACCAUCCUGCAGUAUGUGAAGACACUUAUAGAAGUGAUGCCCAAGAUCUGCCGUCUGCCCCGUCAUGAGUAUGGCUCACCAGGAAUCUUGGAGUUCUUUCACCAUCAGCUGAAGGACAUCAUUGAAUAUGCUGAAUUGAAGACAGAUGUGUUUCAGAGUUUGAGGGAGGUGGGAAACGCCAUCCUCUUCUGUCUGCUCAUCGAGCAAGCUCUGGUGGUAAGGAAUUAGGCCUCAUUCAUAUAACCAAACCACAGAACGACUGAACGCCUGGUUUCUAUACUUUUCUUUAAUCACUUUUCUGCCGUGUUCUGCCAUGGAUUCAAGGAUGUUAGUGUUCACUGAGAUCUCAAUAUACUCAGUAUUAAAAGCUGUCAGUGGCUGGAAUCCACACAUUGCAUUAAUAAUUAACAAACAGUUCACCCCCAAAAUAAAAAUUCUAUCAUUAUGUGUUUAGUUUAGUUUCACAAAAAAAAAAACACUUUGAUUUGAGAGAGCUUUAAUUUUUGGGUGGACUGUGUUUUUAUGAGCUCUCUUUUAGGAUAAUUUUCUCAAUUAUUUAUUCACCCUCGUAUAAUUUCCAAAGUAGUCUUCAGUCAUGGAGUCAUACAGGUUGGGAAUGACUUGAGAGUGAGUAAAUGAUGACAAUAUUUUAAAUUUUAAAUGAAAUUGUUUCUUUUAAAAGUCUUCCUUGUUUUCAUGGCAGUCACGUCUUCUCUCUGGCUGCCUGUGAUGUCCUGUGCUGGUGCACAUCUGCUUUCAUACACCUCUCUUCUUCUGACUGUAUUCCUGAUGCCUGUUUCUCGCCAGUGUUUCUUUAUGGGUCUCUAUCUGAAACAUAGUGAAUGUGUCGGAUGAUCAUUGCACGCUGAUCUCAUUAACAUCUUUUCUGUCAGGAGACUCUUCUGGUCGUCAUCUUAUUCUUCUCUGGAUGUCGUUUGGUGCUUGUUUUAUUAUUGUGAAUGAUGUGAUUUUUGCUAUUCUUUGUGUACUGCAUUGAUUUGAAGGCCAUUGCCAUGUGAUGUUUAAACUUUUAAAUUGCAUUUUCAGCAACUUUUUCAAUUUAUUUCAUACUAUGUUCCAAAGUUUCAAAAACACAAUUUUAUUUCCUACGUAACUUCUUUUAUUCACUAACCACUUGCAGUUUAGUGUAGAUGAUAAAUGCACUUAAUCUGUGCUGUGCUUUAUUUUAAGUAAUUGAUAUUUUCCAUGACCGUUGCUGUUAAUUGUAUUUUAUUUAUAAAAUUUAGCAUCAGAGCUUUAUAACUGGAUGUAUCUAGAAAGCAGGGAUUUAUCAAGGGCACUUGAUGUGUUUUGAAAAGAUGAAAUGAUGUGCCUGGAUUGUCAUGGGGAAGCGAUGCUGACCAGUCCCACAAAAAGUAGAUCAGCAAUAGCAUUCAGUGUUAUUUUUUGGAAUUUUACAUGUAGUGAAUUAGGUGCUAAAGCAGUGCAUCAGUGCCGCAAUUCAUUCUUUGUGAUAUCCCAGGUGGUGAUAUAAGAGUUACAAUACUAAACUAUAAUCAAAUAACACAUUAAGCAUGGCAAAGGGGCUCAGUAAGUAGUACUGUUGCUUCACAGCAAGUCAGGUGGCCUUACUGUGUGAAGUUUGCAAGUUCUCCCUGUGUCAGCGUGGGUUAACUCCGGGUAUUCCGGUUUCCUCCCAUAGUCCAAAAACAUCCUGGUUAGGUUAAUUUGGAGAUGCCAAACUGUCUUUUCCCAACUCCUGUAUAGACCUUUUGCGAGUCGACGUCACAGUUACGUCACGCGCGCAAUGUGGUGGCAGAAAAACAGUGGAAAUGAAUGAGACACGAGUGAAAUGAACAAUAUAACUCACUAGAAAAUGUCUUGUUGUGCUGUUGAGUGUCAGAAUAGGAAUGCCAAAAUAGAUGACCUUCAUUUUUAUAGUAUACCGUCAUCAAAGACACCAUUUGAAGAUAAACGUAGGUGUUUAUGGUUGCAAUAAGCCCUCAACCGGACAGACUGGAGUGAUGAAAUCAUUUGGAAAUCUUUAAAUAAUUUGAAUAGAAAAUAAUUAGAGAAGAUAUCCGGAGUUCUGUCGAAGUCUGUUCCCUCUAUGUGUCUCUUAUAGCGUUUUCAUCACGUUACGUUUAUAAUUUAUUUAGAAAGAUUAAAGAUUUGAAUGAGUUCAUAAUAUCAAUAUUACCAUUUAUUAAAGUUUUCAUAUUUAUUUUGUUUUCUAUUACUUCUUUUUGCCUUCUAUCUUAGCCUAUGUCUUCUUCCUGUUUGUUUUAAAUUAUAAUGUUUACUAAUAAAUAUAUAAACAUAGCACACACACACGAUGUAAAGUGUUAAUAAUAUAUAAACAGGCCUAUACAAAUUAAUUUGUAUGUAAACAUAAUAGUUUUAGAACAAACACGUAGGCUAAAAAUAUAAGGAAGAAAUUGAAUACAGGAAAUUAUGAAAUAUUUAAUAAAUGAUAUUAUACAGAAUACACGAUAGUAUUACUCUUAUAAGUACUUCAGCGAUUCAUACUGUAAAAAUAAUUGAUUUUCGAAUAAAGAACAAUACAUAUAUAUUACAUACAUGCACACAUAUCAGUAGCCAAUUCAUUUAAACUUCUAAUUUAUUAAAAAAAUAAAUGUAACUUGGUGAAAACGUUAUAAGAAACAUUACACUAAAGAGAAAUAUAGGGGAAACAGACUUCUACAGAACACCAGAUCCAUAAAAAUCACAGUUUAACGCUAAAACACUUCACACCCCUAUUGCGGAGCUGUCACUUUCUGCCACCAGUUGGACUCCGCCCACAAAAAAAGUCAUCUCUGUUUGUAAACACGCAAAAGGUCUAUACAGUAGAUUAACCGGUUCCUGCCAUAUUAAUAGCCAUAGAGGCUGCAAUUAAGUUAAGAAUUAAUAAACAACAUACAAUAUACACUGCAAAAAAAUAUUU